AUGGAGGAGUUGAAGGAAAAGUAUCCGAACUAUGAAGAAAUGGAUAUAGAAACUUUAGAUAGCGAAUUACCGUACCUUGACAAGGAUCUUAGGGAAAGCGAAACUACUGAGGAGACCCAGGAUAUUAACGAGGAAAUUAAUUACGUACAGGAACUGAGGAGGAGAAAAAUAUUGAGUGAAGACCUUACGAGAGAGCAAUUAGCUGAGAAAUUCCCUGACCUAUCUAAUCUGUCAUACGAUGAUCUAAUGGAUAGGGGAGACAGACUGUUAAAUGAAAUAAUACUAUCCAAUUUGGACGAAGACAGUUUCAAAGAAAAGUCGGAAGAACUGAGAUACGUCAGAAUGCUAUCAAAUGAUUACCAAAGAGAGUCAAACUUAAAUAAACUUCUCAACUUAAGAGAUAAGGUGAAAAAGAGGGAUCUCAUUAAACGGGAUGAUCGUAGUAGACUGCAGAGGCUCAGGUUAUGGGCAAGGGAGAAUGCGGGCAUCUUAUCAGCUGUUCUAAUUUCCUCAUCAGCUGUAAUCAUAGGACUGGUAGCAUCAACUAGAAACAUAUUGUGGAAAGUAGGUGACACAACAGAAAAGCUCGAUAAGCGGAUCAGUGAGUUGGUAAACCACCAAAUAGAACUACCACCUGUAUUCCAGAAGAUAGCUGAUGGAGUAGAGUUAGCAGCGGAUAAUAUAUGGAUAAUCAUUGUUUGUGCAGCAGUAGUUUUACUAUACAAAUACAACUAAACAUUACAUAUUGUAUACAAGUAUGAAUACCACAGAAAGAGAACUCCAGCCUGGCUUCAGGAGGAGCCGUAUGACAUCCGUAAAAGGUCCCAGAACUAGAAGUGUUGUAACUUUUAAUCCAACAACUAUUAGCCCAGGUGAAGAGCUGUAAAUUAACAUCCCCAAGCUAAAGCCUGACUCUUAUUUAGUCCCAGGAUCACUUGCACUAUUAUUUGACUUCAAAAAUUCCAAUACAAAAAGCCGCUUUAAUUUAAAAUAACAACCUAUCUAAGUUGAUAGCUAAACGUCUUCAGAUUAAAGUAGCAGGUGAAACAGCUUAUGACUGUUCAGGAGAGAGUUUGUACGAAAUAUACAAAGAUCUAUGGCUAACUGUUGGUGACAGAAGUAAGAUGACAGAACAGGGUCUUGCAAGUGAAAAUCUCAGGAAGCUGAUAUCAGGUGAUGACUUAGGAGUAAAAGUUGGUGAUGCCAAUAAAGUAGCAGAUGCACUUCUCCACAGUGUGUACGGUUCUAAGCUGAGAAAACCUAUUGAUAAAAUAAUUGCAGACCAUGGACUCUACACACCGUUCUCCAUGAAUAACAAUCCUAUGUACAUCCUCACACUCCCGCAAUCGGAUGAGAUUAUGACUGCUCAAGGAGGUGAAGCUAAGGGUAAUUAUAAACUUGAUAAUCUUGAGCUAGAAUACGAGACCAUUGAGAAUGACGCCCUAGCAAGUGAAGUAUCAAGGAUGUAUUCAACAGGCCGCUCACUGUCCUACAAACACGUUACACUUAUGCGUACAAGUAAUUGGGACAAAGAUCUUACCAUUGUCAAUGAGAACAUUAAUAUCCCCAGAAAGAGCAUGUCAGCAAUUGUCCUUCUAUUUACCAAUAGAGUGAGAACUGAUUCUGAAGAAUAUAUUUACCCAAAUAUUGAUAAAGUGAACCUGACCAUUGAGUGUGUGCCUAAUGCAGUUUUCUCCCAAGGACUUCAUAAAAAUAGGUUCUUCGAAGAGGCAAAAAGAUUAUUCUGCCCUAUGUGUGAGAAAUCAAUGGCUGACGAAUUUAUGUCCAUCAGUAAGUUCUUCAGCAACGGUUUCGCUGUAGUAAUCGACCUUAGGUCAACACAAGAUGAUACCACUGGUGGACGCAAGAAGAUUGUUAACACACAGUCGGGAGUACUCCUGGAAAUCAAAAAGAGAGCCACAACAGCUGACGUUCAGUGCAACAUUUUUGUUGUAUCAGAUGCUCUCCUUAACUUUGCCAAUAGAGAUCUAUCAAGUAUUCAAUACUAA